GUCAAAUACACCAAUUUUGGGGCCUUGCAAUUGACUAUGAAACGCCCCUGUACAACAAAUGAAAUUGAUAGAAAUGCCUCGGUACCCAUGCCAUCCUCUAUUAGACGAGAUUUCUGGAACCAAGAAGUGGUUACGCCUCUUCCACGGGACACUAGCUUUUUUGUUAUUUUGGAGCCCUGUCUUGAGCCCGUUAGAUGUCAACUUACAUCUCAUCUUUAUCUCACAUACGUUUCGAAUGGCUUAAUCUAGCACCAGCGUCGAUAACACACGUUACCUUUCCCGUUAUAGACAUUACCAGACUGGCGGCACCAGCAGAAUUCUCGGAUUCCGUUCCGUGUCUAAUAUCUACAAGUGAUCCCAUUGGCGGCUAGUCGAUCCAUAAUCAAGGGGGCCGUGCUUAACUCAAGACACCCCGUCGUCUGGUCUAAGGCUGAAUAUCAUCAGACUACUCGAGUAAAUCUGGAGACAAUUCCUAGAGACAACUGGAGACUUACUACAAGUCAAGCGGUUCACUGAGAAAAUAUUGCAUGCAAUGGCGCCUAACACUCCCAUCGGGUAUAUCGUCCAAUUUCAAGCCUCUGAUGGAAGCCCAAUUGAUGGCAACACAAUUAUCACUCCUUACAACAAUAAAGCUCAGAUGAACCCCUCGGCCCAACUGAAUGGCACUUCCGGAAGACAAGCCAAGAAGCGGCCUAAUCUCCCCAAGGUUCGGUCCGGAUGCGUAACUUGCAAACGAAGGCGAAUCAAAUGUGACGAGCGAAAACCCGAAUGCAAUCGAUGUCAGGUUUUUGGCGUAGCAUGUGAAGGAUAUGGCGUUCGUAUCUCUAUAAAUCGGCGCAAACCCGACCCCAAGCCACUUCUCCCUCGCACUGAUGAAGUAUCGCCAAUAUCAUUAUCGCCUCAGUCAUCUCAUUCACAACAACUAUCGCCACAUUCCUCGCCGUCGAUGAGAUUGCCCUUCCGAGAUGAAUCGGAAGAACGAUAUUUUCGAACAUAUUUAACCAAGACAAGCAUAUCCGUGACUUGGAGUCGAAGUCGCGUCUUUUCCUCGUCUUUAUGGGAUCGCAUCAUUAUGCAAGCUGCGCACGAUGAAUCUUAUCUUCGGGAGAUGCUAGUUGCAAUUGGUUCAUUUGCUGAGUCCAAAGAUGUCCAAUCCAGAGGAUAUGCAGAUGAAGCAGUGCAAAUGCGAGUUUUUGCUGUCAAGAGAUAUGGGCUUGCCCUUCGUUCAAUGAGUGUUGGGUUGUCAAAAUUAGAAACCAGUGAAGGUCCAAGGAAGGCCUUAAUCGGUUGCCUUUUAGUAUGCUGUUUUGAAUGGUUGUUAGGAAACGACUUUACUGCUCUUACACAUGCUAGAAGUGGCGUCAAAAUAUUGCGCCAGUGGCUAAGAAAUUACAGAGGUAAAAAUUACAAAGCAGGCCUCUGUUCUCCGGACUCUGGGGUGAUUGAAGACGAAUUAGUUCAAGCCUUCCUCAGGCUUGACAAACAAGUUGCAACAUUUGGAGACCCUGGAACGAGUGACGAGCAUAAGGAGACAAUAUACGAAUCAGUCGAAACAAUACAAAACAUGCCUAGCAUUUUCCCCGACUUGCAGGAAGCCCGGUUAUACCUCGAGCUAAUCGAGAGACGAUCGAUACAUUUUGGAUACCUAGCAGCUGAACUUGCUGCCGCCCAAAAAGCCGAUCCUUCCACCGCAAUCAUCGCUAAGAACAGUUUUAAAGAGGAAUAUAGCCUUCCUGAAGUAGUAGACAUAAGGGCCCUUAAAUACGAAAUUGCACAAUCACUUAUUAGAUGGACAUCAGCCUUCGAUUUAUUCUGUUCUGGAAUCCCACCGCUUGAGACCGAUCAAGUUGCCGGAGCCAAUCUAUUAAGAGCUCAGAGUAUCGCGAUGGAUAUAAUCAUGAAAAUUGCGCCAGGCGGACCGGAGCCAGAUCACAUGGCAAUAAUUCCGGAAUAUCAAAGUAUAUUGGCUAUUACUGAGAAGAUUAUUGACGAAACAAAAGAUCAACGACAACUUGGGAGUUUUAAAUUCGAACAAGGUGUCGUAAUGCCUCUACAUAUUGCCGCAAAAUGGUGCCAUGACCAUACGAUCCGGAAAAGGGCAAUAGAUCUUUUGAGAUCAUACAAAGAUGGCGAUGGGGAACCGAUGAGGGAGGGAGUGUGGGAUAGCGACAUGUUUGCGGAAUGGGAUGAAUGCGCAUCAGAGAAGAAAGACGGUUCGGUUUGGGGGGAUGGCUCGGAAAGGAUUGGGGAUGGUCAUAUGCGGAAUGCGGCGAAGGAUAAAAAUCAAAUUUUUAGAUUAAUUGGAUCGGUGAAUUGGGAAAGGAGGUCCAGCAGUGGAAGCUCGAGAAGUGAUAUGGGACGGUCAAGUGGUAGUCCCAGGAGUGAUAUUGGACGGGGAACGAGUGGCAGUCCUAGGAGUGAACAAGGGCAGGGAGGGACGGGAACUUGUGUGGAAUUGGGGGAUGCGGAGGGCUGGGUCGAGGAAUUGCCCGUUAGAGCAUCCCCUUGAGGGUUUACAUGGAUGAUAUCAAUGUAUUUUAAAAUUAGCAACAUACUGUAGGACUAAUAUGUAUAAAAAGAGCAGCUACAUUACAGAAUAAUAAAAAUAUGUAAGUAUCUUGUUUGGGCACAUCUAAAAGCUCGCAUUCUGUUGUGUGGCCUGAGAGGGAUGUAACAAAUAUGAUUAGCA